AGAGGAAGGAGAGAAUGCAGAAAAAUGAGGAGGAGCCGCUCAGUCCGAUGGCGCGUGUGUUCCAAUCACCGGGCAUAGACUUAUGUGCCCUCAUCAACAUUGGUUUCAAAACAAAAAUUAAUCCCGACGUUGUUCUUGAUGCUUUGAAGCAAAAUGUCUACAAGCAUCCUCGUUUCUCCAGCAAACUGUCUGAAAAUGGUGAAAAAUGGAUUGAGACCAAAGUCAAUGUAGAAGAUCAUGUAAUCGUACCAUACAUAGAUCCAGAAGAGAUAUGUGAAAUUGGACAAAGCUUCGUCGAUGAUUAUAUCUCACGUCUCACAUUGAUUCCUCUUGAUAGAUCAAGACCUUUGUGGGACAUUCACAUUCUUAAUGUCAAAACCUCAGAUGCUGAAGCAGUCGGUGUAAUAAGAUUUAACCAUGCGUUGGCAGAUGGAAUGUCCUUCAUUUCCCUCGUGCUCGCAUGUACCAAUAAAACAUCAAAUCCAGACAUGUUGUCUACUGCUAUUCCUUCCGUGAAGCGGCGAAGCACAGUGUCACAUAGCCUUGAAAAAAAUGGCUGGUUCUUAAGGGCAAUAUUCACCAUUGGUUCUACAGUGAGACUGAUUUGGAAUACAUUGGUAGAUAUGUUCUUGCUUUUUGCGACUGUGUUGUUUCUAAAGGAUACAAAAACGCCACUAAAAGGCGGUGCGAAUGUCAGGAGCAAUCCAAAGAAAUUUUAUCACCGAAAUAUCUCUCUAGAUGACAUUAAACUUAUCAAGAACGUUAUGAACAUGACUAUCAACGAUGUUCUACUCGGAAUUACACAAGCCGCACUUUCUAGCUAUUUGAACCGACAAUACGAACAAGCCAAGAAUAGUGAGGAGGAUGGAGCAUUGACUUCAUAUCCAAACAAUCUUCCAGUUGGAAUACGAUUUCGUGCAGGUUGUACCGUAAACCUAAGGUCAGACAUCGGGUUCAAGCCUUUGGCAGAAAUGAUGGUCAAGGAUUCAAAAUGCAGAUGGGGAAAUUACUUUAGCUUUAUUAUUUUACCGUUAUCGAUUGGUUUAGAAACCGAUCCAAUGGUUUAUCUAAAAAAAUCCAAAGCUAUGAUGGCUCGAAAGAAGCACUCCUAUCAAGCAGCUCUAACGUAUUUUCUUAUCAAAAUAUCCCUAAAAGUGUUAGGAGCUAAGGCAACAACAUCAUUAUUCAAUCAACACUUGAUGAACAUAACGACAUGUGUUUCGAACGUUAUGGGCCCUAUGGAAGAAAUUAGUUUCCAUGGCCAUCCUGUCGCUUACAUUUAUCCAAGCUCUUAUGGACACUCACAUGCAUUGUUGAUACAUUACACAAGUUAUGCUGAGGAACUGACAAUCACGAUAACGGUUGAUCCUACUGUAAUACCGGAUCCUCACAAGAUUUUUGAUGAUAUGGAAGAAUCACUGAAAACAAUGAAAGCUGUUCUUUGGGAAAGAGGAUUACUCUAAGGCGCAUGAGAGGCCUAUUAGUUUGUUUGGUGAUAAAGUGUUUUCAAUGUUUUUGUAGCAUCUAUAUCUAUAUUGGAGUCAGAAAAAAUGUAAGGGUCAGUUCAAUUUUCUUGGAAACAAUAAUGUUAUUUUGACUGUA